UGCGCGCAAGCAUAAGCCGCAGAUAAAAAACCGUGUAUGUUGCAAGUUACGCUGUGAGAGUUGGUUGAGGAGAGUAUAGUUGCCAAAGGGGUUGAGAGACGCAAGUUAUCGAGCAGAAGUCAAAACGAUUGUCGAAGACACAUCAAAGAAAUCGAUUGCCGAGAAGAGUCUAUAUGCAAAAAGAAAAAAAAAAGGAGCAAGAGAAUCAUAUAAGACGCCUUAAUCGACGAGAGAGAGAGAGAGAGAGAGAGAGAGAGAGUGUGUGAGUGAGAGAGCCCCACGGUCUGCGCCAUUUUCUAUUUUUGCAUAGGAAUCGCACACACACCAAAAGUAAACGCGCGCGCGAGAGGAUCAUCGUCGACAUCAUCAUCGUUAUCAUCAUCGUUAUCGUCGUCCAAGGAUAUGUGACGAGUUUACAUAAAAACUCCAAACGCUCUCGACAAGAUCGCAAGAUAACAAACGAGUCUGUGAUAUUAAACAGUACAUUAGUAAGCUACGUAUACAUAGUUAGGUAUAUAGAAAACACGAGCGUACAGGGAGAACGAGAGAAAGGACCAUUUUUUGUAAGAAAGGGUGUGUGUAUGAAAAAGUGUGUUAGUGUGAGAGAGACAGAGACAAAAGCACGAAUCCAGCUGAAAAAAUUUAAGCAGUGUAUAUUCAAGAUUGAGCCAGAAAGCAAAUUGAAUCAUGUCCAGUGUAUCUGCUUCUAGUGACAAACCUACACUGGAUCCCAAAGAUGAAGUUGAGGCUGAUAAUGAAUCAGAAAGAGAUGAGGCGAUCCUCGCGAUGUCGAUCGAAGGCGAGGUCACUGACACUUCUAUCGUCGAGGUCGGACGUUCGGUACCUCAGUACGUGUACACGAGGGAAGAACUGAUGAAGAUCAGGGUAACACCGUUGGCUAAACGAAAACCCGACUGUUUGGAUCCUGCCUACAACAACUCGCGCGGAGUAUGGGAUCCCGAACGUUGGCAUCUGGACCGCAAGCGUAGCGAGACUCCACCUGACGACGUUGCUCGCGGUGAUCGUAGUGGCAGUGGCGCUGGUAACAACGACGAGGGUCAUCCAACGAAACGACGUUCCGGUGGAAGCGGUGGCAGUGGCGGCGGUGGUGGUAGUGCCAGUAGCAGUGGCAGCGGCGACCCGCGCGAACGCAUUCGCAAAGAGCAGGAUGGUAUUGUGUUGAGUCCUCAACGACGAAGUUUCAAUUCCGGCUGCUUUGUCAACGUCACUGAGCAGCAGGCCAAUUCGAGUAAACGACCUGUCAGUCCUAUUGGCAAAGCUGAGAUAUCCCAUCGCGAGCCAGGUCGUAGAAUUGGCAGCGGUCGAAUCUUGGCACGAGACAUGUGGGACUUCCGCCCGGAGAAUGAAAAACACGACCCGGAUUACGUCAACUUCAACAGGUCGGAGCGUGAUCGUGAACGCGAUCGACCCGGUGCAGGGGAUCGCGAUCGCGAUCGUGAUCGAGAUCGAGAUCGUGAUCGCGAUCGCGAUCGCGAUCGUGAUCGUGAUCGUGAUCGUGAUCGUGAUCGCGAUCGACGUGACCGUGAUCGCGACCGUGAUCGUGACCGUGAUCGUGAACGUGACCGCGAUGAACGCUUCGAUAGACGCUCGUUCGGUCGUGAUUUCGGCGAUAGAGAUCGCGAUCGCGAUCGAAUAGAUAGAGGCAAGGAUCGUAGGGACCGUGAUCGUGGAAGGUACGGCGAUGACCGUAGGCGUACUUAUAAUGACGCGCGCGAACCGGAGGAGCCAGAAUGGUUCAGUUCAGGACCGACUUCCCAGCACGAUACCAUCGAGUUGCGAGGUUUUGAGGACAUACCUGAGGAUAAAACAAUGGGCUCAUCGGCCAAAUCGAAGAAACAGUCACCAGCGCAAAAGAAACGCAAUAAGAAAGCUCUGGAGAAGGAAGAAAAAGCUGCGGCAGCAGCGGCGGCAGCCGCCGCCGCGGCAGCUGCAGCUUCAACGGCACCUGCCGCGGAAAAAGCUGCAGCCGAACAACAACAACAAAGUGGUGGCGGUGGACCAAAGGGUAGAAGUACACCGACCUCUCUGGAUGUCUCGAUGAACGCAGCGGUCGCACCACAUUCACCCAUCUCCGAGCAAGAUGAAAACAAGGAAAAUGAAGGCAACGAACAAGCCAAUGACAAGAAGUCUUCUGCUGAUGUGAAACCUGACAACAACGUCAAUAAUGUGGUCAAAAAGAAAGAUGUCCUCGAAGGAUUCAAUCUCGAUGAGUUCCUCAAGAACGAUAACUUUUCUAAUGUAUCUGGACUUCUGUCUAACGGCGUAGGCUCGAACGAUUCUGGUGGCGGUUCGCGUUUCAGUCGAUGGUUCAAGCGUGAAAGUCCACCGUUGCAGAAUCAGCAGCAACAACAACAGCAGCAGCAGCAACAGCAACAGCAACAGCAACAACAGCAACAGCAACAGCAGCAGCAGCAGCAACAACUACAAAGCUCAAUGCCACGUUCUAUUGAAGAUGAAUUACUGAAAGAUCUAUUGAAUAAUGAGUCAGAUGUACAAAUUCCAACAGCGUCCGAAUCCAACAAGUACUUUGCGCCCAUUUCGCCAGCAGCUCAUACGCAUAUGAAUAACAAUGCCAUGCCUCCGUCUCAUCGGCAGUCUGGUGGUAUCAAGUUGUUAGAAAUGCUCCAGAGGAACAACAAACCACUCAACCAAAACGGACCUGCUGAGGCUUCUGGUAUUUCUAUUCAAUCGAUGAUGAAGAGCGCAUCGAUCAAAGAGAUGGGAGGUGGAAAAGUUGUAAGUUUGGAAGAAUUGGAAGCUCGUAUGCGCGGCGGUAUACCACCUCAACCAGAGCCACCAAAACUGAAACAAAGCGAUGAAGAUAUGUCAGCCUUCAAGAAACUCCUUGCUCAAGUAAGUGGAGGUCAAGCAGUACCAGCAACGAAUGGUCCGAUUUCCCAAAGGCCACCAAUGUCAGCACCUGCUCAACCACAGCAACAUACUCUUCAGCAGCCAAUCACGUUGAUGCAGUUGCUCAACUCAUCAUAUAAGAACCAGCAACCGCCACCAAAGCCACCACAACCAGAACUACCGAGACAGAUGCCACCGCCCUUCAAUCACGUCGGCCCCUUAGGUCCAGUGCAGAACUCUCAUCAGUCACAGAUGCAACAUGAAAAUCUCAUGAAAGUACUGCAGAUUCAACAAAAACAAAGACAACAGGAGCAGUCGCAAAUGCUGACAAUGAUGAUGCAGCAACAACCGCAACAGCAACCACCACAAAGAAUGGUCGGCGCCAGUCCCAUUCCUCCAGAAGUACAGAUGAUGAUGAAUAGCGCACCGUCCACAAGAGAACUAUUACAAAGGCCCGAGGCCGAGGCUAUUAUUAGGGGACUUCAACAGGGCGAGAUUACCCGGCAACAUCUUGUUCAACAGCUUCAGAAUCCCGCUAUGCAGCAUCGUCACCGAGAGGUGUUGAUGAAUAUUUUGAAGGUGUAUAGCAACACACCACCUCGAACCGUCAGCCCACAUCCAAAUGUUCCGACGCCACAGGAUCACCUGCUUCAACACAUGCUGUAUCAACAGCAGCAACAAAGAAUACCAUCGCCUUUGAAUAGUGCGAUGCGUCACCGAGUUCCAUCUCCCCGCGAGAUGGCAGCUCAUGCUCAGUCUGUGAUGCAGACUGCGUUGCUGAAAAAGAAACUGGAGGAGCAGCGCGAUAAUUUACGCAAGUUACAGGAAGAGCAACAACAGCAGCAGCGCUCAGGCACGCCAGUGAAUUCAACCGCGGCAAACAAGCAGACGCACAGUCCAACGCCAUUGGCAUUUACGCCGACCUCUGUGCUGCGCAAAAUGACCGCCGACAAAGAACCUGAGGUGAGCCAAGAGCCCUCGAAACAACUGGUUACCCCGACACCACAUCCGCAACAACAACAGCAAAUGUUACAGAGGCACGCUCAGGCAUUGCGUAACCAACAGCAACAGCAACCGACUUGGUCAAUUCCUAGUCCUUCUGUUAAGCAACAUCCCGGACGACCAAUCGUCAAAGGUAGCGGUAGUACUAUGCCACAGCAACAACAAUUUCAUUAUGGUAGCAACGUCGAGUUUCAACAGCAGCAGCAGCAACAACAAAAAAAUCAACAACAACAACAACAACAACAACAACAACAAAGAAUUGGUCAAGCAAUUUUUGGUGCAAGCUCGAGUCGCUCGAAGCCACAGCAGCCACCAACACCGACUGGAUUACCUCCUCAAUUCAACGCAGCGCAGACACAACAAAGUCUUAGUGCCAUAAUCGGUGCUCAAAGACAGGUUGAACAACCCAUCAAACCGAUAAACAUGUAUGAAGAUAUGAUACUCACAAAUCGAAGUUCAGAUCUCUUGACGUGGAAGAGACAUGACGUUCGAGCAAUACGUCAGCAGCAGUUGAAUAUAUCGGUAGGUCGUGGUCCAGGUUCACCAGGUUUUGGCAGUGGUAACGGUGGUGAUUUAUCACCCACUUCGAAUCAAUUGGCUCGAUGGUUUAGUCCAGAGCUACUGGCACAAGCACGGACCGUAAAAUUACCUGAUAUUGGCCAAACUAACGUCCUUUCUCUAGAGGAGCUUGAGAGACUACAGCAUGCUUCAACAACCGUUCAUAACUGAUCUGCUACUAUGAAAGAAUGCCAUGACCGACAUUUCUUCUUCUGUUGACGUGCCAAUGUCUCCCCCAUGCAAAUAUGCUAUAAUUACUUUGCCGUGCCAAAGUUCCGGCCGUUUAUUAUUUCACGUUUAAUUUCGUUGUACUUUUCCAAUUUUUAUUGCGAACAUUUCAUUUUGCGUUUUAUUUGUUCUUACUCAAAGAUAGAAUCGAAGCAUUUCUGCCAAAUUAUAAAAUAGUAAAAGUAGACUAAGCUUAAUCAUUUCAUCCACCGACCUAUUGUAAGAUAUUCAAUGAAUUUCGUCAAUAUCAUUGUAAUGUGCUCGAAAAGAAUACAAUUAAAAAAUUUCGUUAUUUUUAUCAAAUUUAUUCCGACGAACAUGUUAUCAAUUAUGAGUUUGAGUAAAUACAAUCACUAUGUCAUUACGUUGCACUUUUAUUGGAUAUAUCGAGUUAGACAUUGAACAAAUGUAUAAUAUUUAUAAAAGAAAUACGAGAAAAGUCAACGAAAUUAAUCUUAAAACAGGGUUUUUAGUUACGAUAUUUAAAAUAGAACAGCGGCAAGUGCAAAGUUAUGAUAUUGUGCAGAGAACAAUUGGCAAAUACGACAUUCCGCCCGUCAACUCGCGAGGACUGACUUAAAAAAUUGUUAUGAUUUUAAUUUUUGGUAAAUUGCAUUUUUGCGAAUCGUAAAUCAUUAAGUGCGAAAAAAAUCGACGAUAGAAUUUGCUAUAGUUUAUUGCGCUCAAUCAUACUACACUACAAACUUGAUUUUAUUUUUCUUUGUCUAUAGAGUUUGUAGGAUUUUCGACUCAUAAUUAUUGCAUCUCAUUUAGUUUUUUUCUCUUAAAGUAAUCAGGUGCAAAAACAUCUAUUUUAGACUGAUCAUUAGGACAUAGAACUCUUAUAUUCUACUUUCAUAAAUAUGUUUGUAAUAUAGCUUGACGGAGUCUUGUGCAUCGGAUACAGCAAGAGAAACACUCGCGUCUUUUAUUUUAUUAAAGACUCUUGAGAAUGAAAUCUUAAAAAAAAUUGCUCUCGUAUCGAAAUUCGGAAGAAUAAACAUUUUUUAUAAGCUACAACAUUAUGAAUCUAAAAAUGCAGUAUGGCUGUGUAAUCUACAAUUUUUCUGUACUCGCAAAUAAGCAUACGAGUACAUUAAUUCAAUGAUGAUUUUUGAAGUUACGAUAGAACUAGUAAUUUCCGUGAAAAACUCGAAAGCUAUUUUCGACAUUUUUAAAGGCACGAAUGUCUGUAUAAUUCAUCUGGAUUUUAGAAUUUAAAUAUUUCAGGAUGUAUUAAAAUUUUACAAGAAUUUUCGUGCUUUCCACCUACUAUGAAUUUCAUUCCUUGUUGAGAAAUUAACGAUUGAUUGAUAUUCCAAAGAACUCAGUUAUGGAAUACACAAUGAGAUGCUUUAUUCCAUCAUGAGAUUCAGUAAAAAAUUAGAAUAAUUUAUGGAUUAUUAAUGGAACUGGGUUUGGAGAUUCUAGAAUAAAUAUAUAAAAGAGAUUGAUGACAUUUUGGAACUUUGGGCGAAACGAUAAUCGCAAGGAAAUAAUGAGAGGUUAAACAAUGAAAAAUGAAAAAAGAUCCGUACUAUUAUUGAUUAAAUAGCGUAUGGAAAUUAAAUUAACAACAUCAGAUUCAUUAAUCAUGACAAGUAACGAAAAGAAGUUUCAAAAAGAAAUUUUUUCCUGUUUGUCGUCUAUUCGAGUUACCGACAAUAUUAUAUUAACGUCACCGAUGAAAACUCCUUUUAUGAAAUACAAGAUGGUUUUUUGCAACAUCCUAUAUUAAAGCUGAGCAAACCAAGAAGAAUGAAAAACGACUGAUACAUGGUUUAUCCAUCUUAGUAUUCUCAAUAACUGGAAUGCGUAAUGGUACGCGGCAAAAGCAGUUAAGUGAGACGGUAUGAGUGAAAAAUCGAGGAUCGGACAUUUACGAGAGUGCACGUGUUUUUUUUCCUUUGUGUAAGUCACGGUUACCUUUCAAACGAUUUUUGUAAAUAACUCGAGAGACUUUUCGCGAUGAGAGUACAUUGAAGAAUAAGAAAAAAAUUCAUUAGUGCUUAUACUCGAAUGUUUUGUAAAUAAGGUUAUUGAAACGUAAUGUCAAAUCGAUGAUAAUCUUAUCGAAAAUAAAAAGUGGAGAU